AUGGCUACACUAAAUCAUCCAUCAAAUCAAAUUAACCCACAACAACGGCAACGACGCCAAACCUGGCCGUCUACUAAACGUCAAUAUGGUAAAAUUCAUCAAGGUAGUCAAGGUCAAUGUCAAUUAUCUAACCAACAACGACAAUUAUUGCGUGAUUAUAGACGGCUUUCACAAGUUGUAACCACCAUCUCCAAAGAUAAACAUUCAUUUCGUAGUCUCUCUCGAGAUAUAUUAAAUGGCAUCAUAACGUUAGUACAAAUCAUCAAGGAGUGGAUAAUUGUAUUAGCUCGCUUUAUAUGGAAUAUCAUUUGCCUUAAUUAUGCUGAAAUUGCCGAGCAAGCAGAUUUCGGUAAUAUGUCUAAAAUCAGUAGUACGUCAGUGAGCAGAAUGAAACAAAUUAUUUUUAAAAAUUAUCAACUUCGCUUGGGAGAUGAUUUUUAUGGUAAUAUUAUUCGACUGCCAUUCAAGUAUAUCUUUACCUUAAUUGGUAUGAUUUAUCUUGGUGUCUGCGUUGUCUUUGCUAUAACUUAUGUCCUAGCUGAUAUUAUCGAUCUUGAAUUAGCUUAUUCUCCUUGGUACUGGCUAGUCUAUAGUUUAUCUGUAACGACAUGUUUAAGCUCGGAAAGUUUAGAUAUUAGUCGAGUCCAUAUCGGUAUACUCCUGAUCGCUAAUUUACAAGCUUUUAUAGCUCAGUUAUUAUUGGCGUUUAUCACUGGUAUCGUUUUUGCUCGAUUCUCACGACCUUCUCGUCUAAUCCAAUUCUCUGACAAGUUAACUAUUAACCCAGUCGAUGGUAUUGAUAAUAUACAAGGAAAGUUAACAACAAUUCGACCACGACUUGCUGUCACUGAUUGCCAGUUAAAAUUAUUUAUUAUACGACCCUAUCAGACUAAAGAAGGCGAAAAUGGUGUCCGAACUACGGAAAUCCCUUUAAUUAGUAGUCUCUUUCCUACGAUGAGUGUCAUGCUUAGAUUUUCACAUAAAUUAAACGAGGAAAGUCUACUUCGACAAGCUUUAGAGAAUCCAGAUGAAGAUUUUAACUUAUUGGCCUACUUUACUGGUACAGAUUCUUGUUCUUUCAAUACCGUCUAUGAAAUAAAACAUUAUCGACGCGAAGAUAUCAUUAGAAAUCAUCAAUUUGUGGACAUGCUCACUAACAUCGAAAGUGAGGAUAACACUUAUAAAUUUUCAGUCGAUUUCGCCAAAUUGAAUCAACUCGUUCCGUUUGACCAAAUUAAACAAGAGAAAUCAAAGCGAACAAAAAUUAUAUUUAAUGUUCCAGAACUAAUGAUUAAGCGACAGGAAAGCCGUAAAGCUUGCUUUAUCAAGAUUGUUUGUCAAUAG